AUGUACGCCAACAAGCCAGAUAAAUAUCUGGCGUACAAACUGAGGGAGAGAACAAGGUCCUUCGCAAUUCCCUCUGUUCACACUCAAAAUGGGGUCCCCACUUCCAACCCUCAGGAAAUAGCUGAAACCUUUGCUAGGUACUAUGAGAAAUUAUACGAUGGGAAAAAAGUGUCUCCGGGGGAUCUCAGUCGGCAAACAAAUGAUUUUUUUAAACAGGCUAACCUGCCGAUUAUCCAAGACGCAGAUCUAGCAAAACUUAAUGCAGACAUUUCAGCUAUAGAAAUUUUGAAUGUAAUUAAAGACCUUAAGUCGGGUAAAGCGCCUGGCCCAGAUGGCCUUACGGGGGAGUAUUAUAAGAUAUUUGGUGUGACCUGCUGUAUGGCCAUGUCUGAUCUGGAAAGUACCACUGUUGAUGAUAACGUGUCAAAACCUUCAUCAGACGAUGGUUAUUGGGACUGCAGUGUAUGUACCUUCAGGAACAGCGCUGAGGCCUUCAAGUGCUUGAUGUGUGAUGUGCGCAAGGGAACCUCUACCCGGAAACCUCGACCUGUUUCUCAAUUGGUUGCACAGCAGGUAACUCCGCAGUUUGUGCCUCCCAUGCAGUCAAAGAAAGAAAAAAAAGACAAAGUAGAAAAGGAGAAGAGUGAAAAGGAAACUACUAUCAAAAAGAACAGUCAUAAGAAAACCAGGCCACGUUUGAAAUAUGUGGAUAGAAGUAGUGCACAGCAUUUGGAAGUCACUGUGGGAGAUCUGACGGUCAUUAUUACAGACUUUAAGGAAAAAACAAAGUCCCCUCCUACAUCCAGUGCUACGUCUGUGGAUCAUAGUCAAAGUGGUUCUGGUUCUGAAAACACGGAGAGGGGCAUAUCCAGGUCUUCAUCUCCAAGAGGAGAGGCAUCAUCAGUAAAUGGAGAAUCUCAUUAAAGUUUAUUUUAUCCCGUCUUUAGGCUUUUCUCUGUUCAGCUAAACAUCACCUGCCAACUACAUUUUCAUGAAAAAUUAAUAAUCUGAUGCAAAACAUUUUUUUUUAAUGGUAUGCACUUUUUUUUUUGUACCUUUUGAUUUAUAAGUGCUGUAUUCAUCUUCAUACCCGAUCCUGGAAUCCAGUUACUUGUCAUAUGGUAAGUGAAGCGGAAUAGGACCUGCAUUGUACUUUUUCACAUUAAGAUAAAUCCAUGCUCCUCGAAACAUAAGAUAAAAGGACUAUUUUAUGUUAAAAAUGGCAUAGGUAGGUAGAGACAGUUGACUAAUAACCAGCAAAACCUGAGCUGUGUAAAAUUUAAGAACAUGUUGAAACGUAGCAGAUGUUAUGCCUAUUUCUAAACUGUCAGGCAAAAUCACACCUGUAACAAGAACUUGGUGAUGAGGACCAAUACAAAAUGUCCCUGUACUCUGCCAGCUAUGACAAUUACAUACACUUAAAAGUAAAUCAUAUUUUUAGAGUUCGAUA